UUUUCUUGGCGUUUUUUUCGAUCGAGCGUUGGGUCCUAAGAAUGGCACAAUUCAGGCAGGAAAUGCCUCCUCCAGGAGGAUAUAAUCCAAUAGAGUUUAUCACCAAAAAAUCGAGGAUAAAGCCUUAUCACUUCUUCCUCUUCUGUGGAACUGCUUACACCAUUCAGUUUAUCGGGCUGAAAUUGCAAGCCUUCCUAAAAAGCAGACGUGAGGCGAUUACGAGGGAGACGAGAGAAGGCAGAAUUGCACUAACUCCCUUUCUCCUAGCAGAACAACAAAGACUACAACUUCGGGAGAUGAUUCGGCAUCGAGAAUAUGAAAAAGAAUUGAUGUCUACGACUCCAGGAUGGGAAGUUGGAUGCUGGCAUGAUUAUCCAGUUUAUCACAACCCACGAAAUUUAUGGAUCGCGCCUCAUGCCGGUGAAUUCUAUGCUAACAUGAAUAUGAACGUUGCAAAGAAUCGCAAAAAUGGCUUCCAAUCAACUUUUAUUGAGAAGUUUGGCUUAUGA